AUGUGUCAAAUGCUCGAUGUGUCGGGGGAACCUCCGCGCCGCCUGCCUCGUUCCACAGAACGGGGUAUGGCGUUCACCCUGGAGGAGCGUCAGAUGCUUGGCAUCCAUGGCUUGAUCCCCCCUCGUUUCAAAACUCAAGAAGAACAGGUGGAACUGUGUCGUCUCAACUUGGCUCGCUACACAGAGGACCUCAACAAGUACAUUUAUCUAUGUGGAUUGCAGGAUCGCAAUGAAAAAUUAUUCUACAGAUUGCUAUCAGAAAAUAUUCAUGAUUUGAUGCCAAUAGUUUACACUCCAACUGUUGGUUUAGCAUGCCAGAAAUAUGGGCUUAUUUACCGUCGACCUCGAGGAUUGUUCAUUUCAAUUCAUGACCGUGGCUUUGUAUAUGAUAUUCUUAAAAACUGGCCAGAAACUGAUGUAAGAGCAAUCGUUGUUACUGAUGGAGAGAGAAUUCUUGGACUGGGAGACCUUGGGUCUUAUGGAAUGGGCAUUCCUGUUGGUAAACUGUCAUUGUAUACAGCCCUUGCAGGAAUUAAGCCUCACCAAUGCCUUCCCAUAACUCUUGAUGUUGGCACAAAUACCCAGCUACUUCUGGAUGACCCCUUGUACAUUGGUCUUCGGCAGAAGAGAGUUAGAGGUCAAGAGUAUGAUGAUUUUAUAGAGGAAUUCAUGCAAGCUGUUGUGAAACGAUUUGGACAGAACACACUGAUCCAGUUUGAAGAUUUUGGCAAUCAGAAUGCUUUCCGUUUACUUGAGAAGUACAGAAAUCAGUAUUGCACCUUCAAUGAUGAUAUUCAGGGAACAGCAUCAGUUGCAGUUGCUGGUCUUCUUGCAUCAUUACGCAUCACGAAGAAGAGGCUUUCUGAUAAUGUUAUCCUCUUCCAAGGAGCUGGAGAGGCAUCACUAGGCAUUGCUGGGCUUUGUGUCAUGGCAAUGAUGAAAGAAGGAACAUCAGAACAAGAUGCUCGGGAUAAAAUUUGGAUGGUUGACUCAAAGGGAUUGAUUGUUAAAAACAGACCCUCUGGUGGACUUAAUCAUCAUAAAGAAGUGUUUGCUAAAGAACAUGAACCUGUUACUGAUUUAGAAGAAAUUGUGAAGCGGAUAAAGCCAUCUGUAUUAAUCGGUGCUGCAGCUGUAGGUGGUGUAUUUACUCCUGAGAUUUUGAGAGAAAUGGCAGCCAACAAUGAGCGUCCAGUAAUUUUUGCCUUGAGUAAUCCAACAACUAAGGCAGAAUGUACUGCUGAAGCAGCAUACACUCACACAGAUGGCAGAGGCAUUUUUGCCAGUGGUUCUCCAUUUGAUCCAGUCACAUACAAUGGACAGACAUUUCACCCAGGACAGGGCAAUAAUUCUUACAUAUUUCCUGGAGUAGCGCUUGGGGUAAUUUGUGCUGGGAUUCGUCACAUCAAUGAAGAAAUUUUUCUUAUGUCAUCCUCAGUUUUGGCGGACUUAGUUAGCGAGAAAGAUCUUGAACAAGGUAGUCUGUACCCACCUCUUACUACUAUUCAAGAUUGUUCAUUAAAAAUUGCUGCCAAGAUUGCUGAAUAUGCAUAUGAGCAAGGGAUGGCAUCAACGUUCCCCAAACCAGAUGAUAUAAAAGCUUUCAUUAAGGCUCAACUAUAUGAUUGGCACUACAGUUCUUCCCUCCCAAAGACAUAUUCAUGGCCCAAAUUGUAAAGUUUCAUUCUGAAGUCAUGCGUCACAUAAUUUGGUGGACUGGCGAAUGCACAAUGCAUUGAACCAUAUUGCAAAAUUUUUGCAGCACACAGUAUAUCUUGUAUGUAUUAUUUUAAUUUAAUUUGUAAUUUUAAGUGUUCUGUAUUAUAUAAAUAAAUCUUUCUUGUAA